CAAGAGCAAAGUAUUCAUUGAUGGAGGGAGAUCAACAAGGCUCUCAUUACUCUUUUCCACCUGGCUUCAGAUUCCACCUUUCUGAUGAAGAACUCAUAGUUCAUUACUUGCAAAACAAAAUCAGUUCACGUCCACUUCCAGCAUCUAUCAUAGCUGAAAUAGAUCUCUAUAAGUAUAACCCGUGGGAGCUACCUAAUAAGUCUUUGUUUGGGGAGGAAGAGUGGUAUUUCUUUAGCCCGAGAGACAGAAAGUACCCAAAUGGGUUGAGGCCAAACAGGGCAGCAGCCUCAGGAUACUGGAAAGCAACUGGAACUGACAAGCCAAUUCUUUCUUCAAGUGGAUCAAAGCGCAUAGGAGUGAAGAAAGCUCUGGUGUUUUAUUCAGGUCGACCUCCUAACGGAUCUAAGGCGGAUUGGAUAAUGAAUGAAUAUAGAUUGAUUGACACAGCCACUUCAUCCUCCAGGCUAAAAAUUGGA